AUGCACCCCACUUCGCUCAUAAUAACAUCAAGUUUAAUCAUUAUCUUUGCACUCCUAGCAUACCCCUUACUUACUACCCUUUCACCCCAACCCCGAGAACCCCACUGAGCCCUCUCUCACAUUAAAACGGCAGUCAAACUGGCCUUCUUCGUGAGCCUCCUGCCACUAUUUCUGUUUCUUAAUGAAGGCCUAGAAACCAUCGUCACUAACUGGAACUGAAUAAACACCCUCACUUUUGAUAUCAACAUCAGCCUAAAAUUCGACCACUACUCCAUUAUCUUUACCCCUAUCGCCCUCUAUGUCACUUGGUCUAUUCUAGAGUUCGCCUCUUGGUACAUACACUCAGACCCCUACAUGAAUCGAUUCUUUAAAUACCUUUUGAUUUUCCUCAUCGCUAUAAUUAUUCUAGUAACAGCAAACAACAUGUUUCAACUCUUCAUCGGCUGAGAGGGCGUCGGUAUUAUAUCCUUUCUCCUAAUCGGGUGGUGAUACGGACGGUCAGACGCAAACACCGCAGCCCUACAAGCAGUUCUCUACAACCGGGUUGGGGAUAUCGGACUAAUCUUUGCCAUAGCAUGAAUAGCAACAAACCUCAACUCAUGAGAAAUGCAACAAAUAUUUGCAACCGCCAAAGACUUUGACCUCACACUCCCCUUACUAGGACUCAUCAUCGCAGCUACUGGCAAGUCUGCCCAGUUAGGACUGCACCCCUGGCUCCCAUCAGCCAUGGAAGGCCCUACACCGGUCUCUGCCCUACUGCACUCAAGCACAAUAGUUGUCGCGGGAAUUUUCCUCCUUGUCCGAAUAAGCCCUCUAAUGGAAAAUAACCAGACAGCCCUUACGAUCUGCCUCUGCCUCGGAGCCCUAACAACACUAUUCACUGCCACCUGCGCCCUCACCCAAAACGAUAUCAAGAAAAUCGUUGCAUUCUCCACAUCCAGCCAGCUAGGCCUUAUAAUAGUAACUAUUGGGCUUAACCAACCCCAACUGGCCUUCCUUCACAUCUGCACCCAUGCCUUCUUCAAAGCAAUACUUUUCCUCUGCUCCGGCUCUAUUAUCCACAGCCUUAAUGAUGAGCAAGAUAUCCGAAAAAUGGGGGGUAUGCACCACCUCACUCCCUUCACCUCAUCCUGCCUAACCAUUGGCAGCCUCGCCCUUACAGGUACCCCUUUUCUGGCGGGCUUUUUCUCUAAAGAUGCUAUCAUCGAAGCACUAAACACAUCCCACCUAAACGCCUGAGCCCUUACUCUCACCCUACUAGCUACCUCCUUCACAGCUAUCUAUAGCCUACGCGUUGUCUUCUUCGUUUCCAUGGGACACCCACGAUUUAAUCCUCUCUCCCCCAUUAACGAAAACAACCCGACUGUUAUCAACCCCAUCAAACGCCUAGCCUGAGGGAGCAUUAUUGCCGGCCUUUUAAUCACCUCUAACAUACUCCCCCUAAAAACACCCGUGAUAUCUAUGCCCCUACUCCUUAAACUUGCGGCCCUCGCGGUUACAAUUACUGGGCUCCUAAUUGCCCUAGAACUAGCUUCCUUAACAAAUAAACAAUUUAAACCAACACCAACACUCACUACGCACCAUUUCUCAAAUAUACUAGGCUUUUUCCCCGCAAUUGUCCAUCGGCUCACCCCUAAACUGAACCUUACUCUAGGUCAGACUGUUGCCAGUCAAAUGGUCGACCAAACCUGACUAGAGAAAACGGGCCCCAAAGCAAUUACCUCCUACAAUCUACCUCUAGUCACCACAACAAGUAAUAUCCAACAGGGGAUGAUUAAAACCUACCUCUCCCUCUUCCUCUUAACCCUCACCCUUAUGACACUUCUGCUCGCAUACUAA